ACGAUCUUAUAAAGCAGAGCGGUUGAAGGAGGGCCUGCUGAUGUUCUGUGUCACCUCCUGAUGGAGCUCAUAUGAUUGCUCAUCACUAUCUCUCUCAGCUCGCCACCUCCUUCCUCUCUUGGUGUUGCAUUUGUGUUAGCUACUCUCGGUCUCCCCUCCCCCUUGCACACAUACACAUUCACACACAUGCGUGUGCACACAAACAGAAACUGGUGUGAGUUCCCCUAUCGAGCAGAGCCAGUUCCUCCAUCUAAGAUGCUGACUUGUUUAUGCUGAGGGGGACGAGCGUUUGACUUCUGCCAGCCCUUGCAUUGCACCCAGAGUCAGUUGGAGGCAUCAUCUCUUAACUCUGCUUUGUUGCAGGAAGUGGCAGCAUGAGGUCUGCUCUCUUGCUGAACUGUGGUUGAUAAAAGUCUUCAGACAGGAGAGGGACAGGAGGUCUAGCUGACACACCAGGUGACAGAACAGUGCUCGGCUGUGGAGUUCAGUGGAUGACUGGUACGUGGGCAGCCCUCAUCCCCCAGCAGCUCCCCAUCGCUGUCGCCCGCUCUCGCCAUCCCGGGCGCGUAAACAUACAAGAGGACACAGAGGAGGAGCAGCGGGGUCAAACAUGGAGCUGUAGGGACAUGCUCAGAUGCCCGUGCAGACUGCCAGUGGAGGAGGAGUAUUUCUGAGGAGAAGAUCUCUGCAAUGAACAAGACCAAGAGGAAAUCGAAUCCGGACACAACCGGUGUGCUGAAGAGCAGGAAGCUGGUUCAGCGCAGGAGGAACACAUGUCCCAGUCCUCAGGACAUCAGCCGGGCCCUGCAGAGCCCCAGCUCUGCCCCCAGCGCCAGCGCCGCCAGCCUGGAUGAGCUCAUCCAGCGCUGCCUCAGCUGCUUUGAUUCAGAGGGCAGGACCUCCAGCUCCAGAGGAACCCAGCUGGUCCACAUGACCCUGAUGAUGCACACCUGGGUCGUUCCAUCUCAGACAUUCGCCCAGAAGCUCCUCAGCCUUUACAAGGACUGCCCCCCCGAUAAGAGAGGACUUGGACGGACGCAGAUCUGCCACCUUGUCAGGCAGUGGAUGAGCCAGUUCCCGGGGGUGUUUAAGGAGGACCCCCUCCUGGAGCAGACCAUGGGGGACCUGUGCGAGCUAGUCCGCCUCGAUGGAGAGAAGAUGCACUCACAACUCAUCAACACCUCCUGCUUAAGCCCCCACGUGAACGCCUCCCAGGCUCCCUCGCCCUCGGUGAAAAAGAGAAAAGUGUCUUUGAUCUUCGACCACAUGGAGCCAGAUGAGAUGGCGGAGCAUCUCAGCUACCUGGAGUUUAAAAACUUCUGUAACGUUUCAUUCCUGGACUAUCGCAGCUAUGUGGUGCGAGGUUCAGUGAGGGACAACCCCGCCCUGGAGCGUUCGGUCAUGAUGUGCAACGGCGUGUCCCAGUGGGUCCAGCUGAUGAUCCUCAGCAGACACACGGCCCAGCAAAGAGCCCAGGUCUUCACCAAGUUCAUCCACGUGGCUCAGAAACUGAGGGUUCUGCAGAACUUUAACACUCUAAUGGCGGUAACAGGAGGCCUCUGUCACAGCUCAAUCUCUCGUCUCAAAGACACGUCCAACCUGCUGCCUCCGGACAUCACUAAGGCCCUGAGCGAGUUCACAGAGCUGCUCUCCUCACGCAGCAACUACAGCAACUACAGACGCGUCUACAGCGAGUGUAAGGGCUUCAAGGUGCCCAUCCUGGGGGUCCACCUGAAGGACCUGAUCUCGCUCAACGAGGCCCUGCCGGACUACAUCGACGAGGAGAAGAUCAACCUGAGCAAGCUGCAGCACCUCUACAGCAACAUCAAUGACCUGCUGGCCAUUCAUAGCUGCACACCGCCCUUCGAGGCCAACAAAGACCUCCUGCAUCUGCUCACGCUCUCUCUAGACUUGUACUACACCGAGGAUGAGAUCUAUGAGUUAUCCUACACCAAGGAACCCAAAAACCCCAAGAUUCAGACUUUAACUCCAGUGAAGCCGCCGGUUGUGGCGGAGUGGGGGUCAGGGGUCACCCCCAGGCUUGACUCCGACACAAUAUCCAACCACGUCAAGCAGAUGGUUGAUUCCGUGAUGAAGAACUACGACCAGAACCAGGACGGAUACAUUUCACUGGAGGACUUUGAGAAAAUAGCAGCCAACUUCCCCUUCUCCUUCCGCACCCAGGAGACUGACAGGGAGGGACAGAUCAGCCGUGAGGAAAUCACCUCCUACUUCAUGAGAGGGAUGUCCGUGUGCGCCAAGCUGGGUUACAACUUUAACGACGCGCAUAACUUCCACGAAACCACGUACAAGCGGCCCACGUUCUGCGACACGUGUGGAGGAUUCCUGUGGGGCGUCAUCAAACAGGGCUACCACUGUAAAGACUGCGGGAUCAACUGUCACCGACACUGUCGAGAUCUGGUGAGACUGGAAUGCCAGAAGAAACACAAAAACACAACCGGCUCGUGCCCCUGUACUCCAGCUCCAGACUCCAGAACAAAGGGCAACAGCUGGAGUUCAGAGGAGGAGGCGUUUGUUUUCCCUCAGGGUAACGAGACAGAACACAACAGGAGCACAUCGACUUGGAAAAACAACACGAGUGACUUGAUGCUGUCAGACAACUCCACUCAGACAGAUCCUGGAGUUUGGACCCCAGAGAAGGACAAAAGAGGAAACCACCUGAACUCUGUUCUUCAUGCUUCUCCAAACAGGAGGGUCAACACGCCGCCACACCGGAACCGAGGAUGCUCGGCGCCCGUCUCCUUGCUGCAGGACAAGAUGGAUGAGCUACAUCUGCACAAAGACAAAAGCCGAGAGCCAGACUGAGCGCUCCUCCUCAGAAACUAACCGACGAAGCUCUGAACAGACUCCUCCUCUCGUUUAGCAGAUUUUUCUUCAGUAAUUUAUGAGUCCCAUGUUUUCUGUCUGAUUUUGUAUUUCAGAAGAUGUGCCUUGUAUUUCUGGUGCUAAGAUUCUUUAUGAGCUCAGUGAUUUUACUCACAUCUAAAGACAUUUGAUGGGAACAGAACAGGGUAGGAAAUCAACACUAAGCAGAAAAAUCCUGGGUUGGGUUAAUCCUGGCAGCUACACGAGCCUGGGAAGGAAAAACAAGUCCUUGCAGAAGCUGGACCUACUGGAUUUCACAACCAUGACCGUCGAAGCAUCUCCACCCAGACACAACAUUCAUUUUCUGCCCCGACUGACGAGACUUGGGACUUUUAAAUGUCUUCUCCAGGUUCAGGACGAAAAGAUUUGUCAAUGAUUGUUAUCUCCCUUCUUUUGUUGAUUGUUUCAGUUUUAUUGAAAAACGCACCAACAGCGA